AUGGAGAUACAGAUGAGACAAAAGGCGAGUGCGCUCAGCAUUCCACAGCUGAACACGUCACAGCGCGACCAGCGAUGUCAUGAGCCAAGCCGUCGUUUUAUCGUGGCGUCGGACCACGAGGUUAUGAUUUCAGCUCCGGAAUAUCUGCGAGGCAGUAUGGCUCGAGACGUCCGACGUAAAACGUUGGCCAUGACGGAGGUAUGGCUCGCUGGAUCUUUGUCAGUUACUUCAACCUCGAUCCCAUCUAAGCGUUACGCGCUGGACGGGGUGGUGGUGUCAGUCGAGCGUUCAAUUGCAUCGGAGCUCCCCGAACAUUUUUAG